AAUUAAUCAAACCGAAUGCAUUAAGACAUAUAUCUUCCCCGUCCAAUUUUUCCCGAAAGGCCUUAAUCGAGUCUCUAGAAAUUCAGGAGAACGAGAGAGAGUUGACUUCUCGUGAGAAAUAAUUCCCGAGAGGUCUUGGUCCUCCGCAGGACGGAACAUUCUCCCACUGGGGUUUGCCCAUCGCAAUGAGCCCACAUACAAUCACAAUGGGCCUUACGGAAAGUAAAUUGGUGAUAGACGUCCUUUCCGAAGCGUACAAUGAAGCAAAGCGGUCUGGAAAUUCCAACGUCGAGGUAAAGCUCUCCAACGCGAAGUUCAUCGAAACAGUCCAACAAUUAUGGACUUAUAUUGCUACAGAUUCUACCGAUGUAACUCAGGGUGUGGAAGAUCAACCGCCGGAAAAUGACCGCGCUGGAAAAUGUUCAAAGACCACAAGACCUACUCAGUCAAAGUACGUUGUUGCUCCAGGAAUCAUGAAGAAAGUGUCAGGCUGGAAGGAGAUGCCUCUUUCUUUUUUUAAAGAAAAAGAGUCUCACCUUAGCUUGGUGGAGGACCCUCUUGCUGAAGCCUACAAGUAUUUGAGAAACCUUGUAGAGCGGUCUGCCCUGGAUAAAAUUCGGCGGAGACUUUUGAGGAUACUUUUCAAUCGUCUGAGGGAAAGAUUAGGAGUGAAGCGACUACUCCCCAGGCAUGUUGAGAACAUUGCGCAAAUAAUAUCCCGAUCCGGCGUUGUCGAACAUUGUGACAGAAAAACCAUCACGAAAUGGGUAGACGAAGGAAGUAGGAUUGACGCAUUAUGCCGAGACAUUGGAAGUAUCACUGGGGCUGGGUACGCUUACCUCAGGAAUCUAUUUUAUUUGAAUGAUAUCUCUGAUACGAGAAUGAUAAGAAUAAAGACAGACGGCGAAGACCGCACCAAGGAGAUUCAGCAAAUCAAGUUAAACUUGAUUUACGAUGAGAAUGAGGCACUGGAGCUUGAAGAACUGGCAAGCUUGUUGAUGAACGAACUAUGGAAGCCGAUGGAAGAUUUGAUCCCUCAACUUCGCUCAGAAGUGCAGCAGACGCAGCAAAUCCCAAUCCUCCAAGUCCAAGGUGCCUAUUCUCUGGCUCAAGGCACUCAAAUCCCAAACUCUUUCAGGGAUAUACCAGAAUACCCUUUCGAAGAUUCUGAUGCUUCAGUCCCUUCAACGCAAGGUGCAGACCAAAUUGCUUGCCAUGGUACUUCCAACUAUGAGGAUUUUCCCUCCGGAACUCAUCACACCGGUUGCGGUGAUAGACUUAAUCCAAGCCAAGAUGGGAAUAACUACACAACUGGUACUUCUGGUGUCUUUGCGGAAUUCUUUGAUUCAUUAGAUGUUGGAGAUGUCGCAGAUGUCGCAGAUACGAAUUGUGAGGGAAGUUUGGUCCCGAGCAUUCCUGAUGCUGGACUAAUACCGCCACUGUCCUACCCCGGGGCCACAUCAAGCGAGCCUGAUACAUAUUGGUGUACUAAUAUGGUGAUGGACGAUAUUUGAACCGUCGCCGAUCCUCGACCCUCCCAUAACAGCUGAGAGGAUCUGUCAAAUGUGAACGUCAAAGUAGCAUAUCAGCUUCAGAAGAAUUGUACCGAGAUGUCUAUGGUUAUCUCUACAUUGAUCUUCUAUUAUUGGGGAUUUGGUCUUUCAAACUCAUUUGUCGAUACAUCGAAAGGCUCUCUUGGGAUGAUCGAUUGGGAACUCCUUGCUUGCACUGACGGCACGAUUGGUCAACCAAGGGCUUGAUGGCUACAACAAGGACCAGCGCCGCGGAGUUGCCCAUCAUCUGGGAAAAAUAGGAUACUGCUCUGCUCAAUACAUGAUGAAAUUUCAGGACCGCUU